CUUCAUCGCUCUGACGUCAUCACCACCACAGAAACUCUUCUUCACUUAACUCUCCGAGAGUUCAAGCCGUCUCUCUCUCCGGUUCCGCGGGGCCGGUAAUGCGCGCGCACUCACUCACGGUAAGAUGACCGGGAAGAACAAAGGCAAGAGCAACUCGGCCUCCAGCGGGGUAACCGCGUCCGAGGAGUCCGGCAAGAACAGCCUGAGAGCCGGUAAAGCUGCGGCGGAGAGCUCCGGGGGCGGCGGAGGAGCGCGCGCGCUGAUGGUGCUCGUACCCGUGGCGGCCGUGGUCGCGCUCGCAGCUGUACUUGUGCACCUGGAGCUGGAGGACAUCCGACGGACGAGCAGCGGGCACGAGCAGGCCCUGAGGAGGUGUUCGGGGGCCACGCAGGAGCUGGAGGAGGCCCUGGAGCAGCUGCGCUCCCUGAAGGCGUCUCUGGAGGGUCUGGAAGGCACAGUGUCCCUGACCCGCACUGAUCUGGACCGCAUUGGCCGCUCCGUCCAGCAGGGGGAGCUCAACACCCGGCGCCUGGAGGACACACUGCAGGGCCUGCAGAAGAAGACCAUCCCGGAGCUCUCACUGCAUCUGCAGGAGCAGACGAAUGCUCGCGGGAGGGAGAUCACCCAGCUGGAGGAGCGGCUGUCCCAGCGGAACCGGCCUGUGGAGGAGCGCCUGGAGCAGCUGACCCGAGAACAGCAGAGCUUUAAGGAGGGUCUGCAGAAGCUGAGGGCUCGUCUGGAGGAGCAGGACGUCCCGGCGGCCCUCACACAGCAGCUGAGCACCAUCAGCAGCGCUAUCACCGUCCUCAACACCGCUAAUGAGGUGUCGGAGGGGAACGCAGCCGUCCUCCGGGAGCAGAUCUCCGCAGUCAGCACUGAACUGCAGACCAGGAACCGGGAGGUGCAGUCGGUGUCGGAGGAGAUCAAGGCGGUGCGGACGCUCAUACAAAGCACGGUGGGCAGUUUGAGAGCGGAGGCGUCUGAGGCCCGCUCCAGCGCUCAGGCCUCCGCAGACCAGGCCCAGAGCCUUAUCCUCAAGCAGGACCAGCUCUCAGACGCCCUCCACAGCCUGGAGACCCGGCUCACUGACGGCCUGCUCAAGCUGGAGCUCCGGUUGAAGACUGCGGAGGACAGCCAGCAGCUCACGGACCUCAGCAACACACUGGACACACUGGUGUCCCAGCACCGAGCCCUGGAGGAGCAGAGAACGGAGGACGCAGAGAAGCGGAGCGCGGACCUGCAGGAGCUGAGGAGCAGGAUCGAGGAUCUGCAGAGACUACAGUCCGCUGUGGAGGAGAUCCGGAGCAGACUGCAGGAGCUGGAGAAGGAGCUGGAGAACAGCACAGAGAGUCCGUCUGAGGAGAAGAGCAGACCCACACAGAGUCCAUCUGAACCCGUCUGAGAGGAGCCGGAGCGGUCCGUCAUGGGGAUCAGGGUGUAGGGCAGGGAUGGGCAAACUUGAUCCUGGUGUCCCUGCAGAGUUUAUCUCCAACCCUAAUCAAACACACCUGAGUGUAGCUUUCUAACGAAGACCGGACCAGUGUGUUCAGGUGUGUGUGAUCAGUGUUGGAGCAGAGCUCUGCAGGGUUGCCCAUGCCUGCUGUAGGGGAUGAUGAAUGCGGAUCCGCUCUGAGAUCUCCUGAAUGCAUCGUGAUGUUCUCUGGAAUCACUCCUGAGCUUGGUCUAAUAGCGGGCUCAGUAUUAUUUACUCUCCCUCAGGUGGUUCCAGACCUUCAUGAGGACACAAUGAAGGAUAUUUGGAAGCUGAAACAACACUGACUCUUCCAUAGUAGAAUAAUCAGAGACAGUACUGGCCAAUGGUUACAGGCUUCUUCAGGAUUUCUGUUGUGGAAGAAAGAACCUCCUGAAGGUGUGAAACCACAGCGAGAGACUAAUAAUCUGCUUUAGAAACCGCUUCUGUUCGGCUGAACAUACACUACUAUACCUAUGACCACCUCAGGUACUGAUUAUGGGCUUCACUCACUGUUAAAUGAGAUGAAGCACUGUUUACCUCAGUUAUAGCCAUACUGACAGCUGAAGCUCCGUCUGCUGGUAUCAUCACAUCAGAUUCUUCUCCAGAGAGCAUCUCCAUGCAUUCUGAAGACCUCAGAGACUCUCAGAGCCGCAGUACACGGACUCGAUCUCCUCUAGCUUUAUAUCUGGGUGGUGGAAAUGUGAACAAGUCUUUAAUAAUGAUGAUGAUGAUGGGUGAUCUGCUGUUUCCUCAGUCUACACAGACCUGCACUGUCCUCUUUACCUCUUCAGCUGUCUUUCCUGAACUCCUCUGAUUGAAUGUCUCUGGUUUACAGCUGUUUUCCAAUAAAACGUUUGACACACA